CCUGCUUCCUCCUCUGGUACCUUACCUUUUGGAACCCAGCAAUCAUCCGGUGCAACUCAACUUGAAGAUCAGCAACCUUCCGCUGGAUACUCUGGUUUACAACAACCUGGUGCGCCUGCUGAAACUCAAAAAUCUUUUGGAACCCAGCAAGCAACUGGAGCUUAUCCUAGUGGAAUACAACCUGGAAUACCAAGUGGUGCUCAGCAAAUUUUCCCUAGUUCAGGACAACCCGGAGCAUCCGGUGCCACUCCAAACCCAUUUGAAACCCAACAACUACCUGGCAGUCACCCCAGCGGAAUACCUAGCGAAACUCAAUCUUUCACGGGUUAUCCUGGUUCAGGGCAACCUGGAGUAACUAGUGGAUCUCAAAGACCUUUUGGAACACAGCAAUCAUUUAGUGGGUCUCAACCUGGAACACCUAGUGGAACCCAACAGCCUUUUGUUGGCUUUCCUAGUUCAGGACAAUCUGGAGAACCUAGUGGUUUUCAGAGACCUUUUGGAACUCAGCAACCAUCUAAUGGACCUCAACCUGGAAUACCUAGUGGUACCCAACAACCUUUAGGUGGCUAUCCCAGUUCAAAACAACCUGGAGCACCCAGUGGCACUACGGGAACCUUUGGCACCCAAUCAUCUGGUAAUUACCCCAGUGGAUCUCAACUUGGAACUGCUGGAGGUACUCAGCAACCUUCAUCUGGUUAUUCCGGUUCAAGACAACCUGGAACAUCCAGUGGCACUUCAGGACCAUUUGGAACCGAUCAAUCAUCUGGUGGCUACCCCAACUUAGCCCAAUCUGGAACACCUACAGGUACACAAGUGCCUUUUGAAACCCAGCGACCUGAUUAUCCAGGUUCCGGAGCACCAUCUGUACAGAAGCCUUUAUCUGGCUUUCCCGGAGAACAAAGACAGGAAAUCGUUGAUUCUCAACAACCAGGUUAUCCGGGAUCUGCUUUAUCUUCAGGAACACAAGGACCUUCAACUGGCUUUCUUGGGGAACAGAGGCCAGAAGCUGGUAGAAUCGGUGAUUCUCAACGCCCUGGAUUAAAUAUACCUUCAGUAAAUGGUAGGCCACAAGAUAACCUUCCACGGCAAAAUCAACAAGGCUAUAAUUAUCCUGAACCACAAAAAUCUUUCGCGGGAGAAGGUCAACCUAGAGAAAAUCGUCCUGGUGUUUCCUCGGGUUUCGAACAAAGACCAAGUGUAUCAACAGCUAGUAACAGACCUGGUCUAACAGGAAGUUCACAAUUCCCUUCUGGUGAAGUUGCUGGACCUAUUUUAGGUAGUUAUCCAAACCCAAGUACGCAAUUGACUUCUUCUGGACCAUCAACCACAGAACAACAGGUACCAAACGGAUACUUUCAAUCAAGACGUCCACAGGGUUCAGUUGGAUAUCCUGGAGCAGAAGCAAAAUAUCCAGGUGGUGCACAAAGUGAAAGACCCACUGGAAAACAAGGAAGGGGUGACUUCACUGGAGAAAGAAGACCAACUGAACAAUUCCCUAUUGGACAAACUAACGGUCCUAGAUCAGAAGGAACCACAGAAGGGCAGUUUCAGUCCAAUGCAGUAACACCAUCUUCUGGAUUCUCUAGAGAACAAGAACCUUCUAAAGGGCGAGUAGGAUAUUCUCAGACAGGAAGGCCAACAGGAUCACAGUUUCCUUCUGAUAGAUUUGUCCAAACUACUGGAUCCUUAGAUGGACCAGGUUUCCCAAGAGAACCAACAGGACAAGUAAAUGGUUAUUCUGAUAUAACCACACAGCAACAGACACCUGAUUUAAAAUCUAAUGAACUUUCUGAUACUGGUAAACCAGCUAGACCACAGAUUCCAUCACAGUCCUCUUCUGCAUCACAAGGUAAACCAGGCUCUACGAGUUAUCCACAAAAUGGACAACGACCUCUGAGUAGUUAUCUUCCCCCUGGAGAAAGAGGAAGCGGAACUGGCGGACUUCCAUUAUCUGAAACUCCCGCUUCACAGUUCCCCUCUAGUGGUACCACUUCGUUUGGUUCACGUGCACCAUCUACAUCACGACUUCCUUUUGGACGUUCAGAUAAAUCUACUGGUUUUGGAAAUGGAUUUGGUGGGUCCACUCAGCCUGGCGGAGGAGUAUCUUUUGAUGGAAAACCAUCUGGAUUUCCACAACAACCUGUAAGCUCUGGAUUUGAUGCGUCUGGCACUCCAACUGGAAGAAUACCUAGUGGUGGAAGACCAUUUGGAUCACAGUUUACCUCUGGUGAAUCUGGUCCACAGCAAGGAACUAAUGGAUAUUCAAGACCUGGAAAACCAUCAACUUCACAAUUCGGUCAACCAGGAGCUACAGGGUCAUCUGAACGUGGACAUGCUUUAGAAGGAGCUACUCAAGAAGGAUUUUCUCGUGAAUCUGCUCAAGGUCCACGAGAUUCCGUACCCGGCCAACCUAGAUAUUAUAAUGGAGAAAGUAGUUUUGAGGAAGAUGAAGGAGAUUACUCUGCUAUUCCUGGUCAACCUGGAAGAGACUACCCCAUUUUAUCCGAGGUACCUGAAACUUCAUUUGAUUGCGAUGACCAGGAAUAUCGUGGCUACUAUGCUGAUGUUGAAACCAGGUGUCAAAUAUUCCACAUUUGCGCGAAUAAUAAAACGUAUGACUUCCUUUGUCCAAAUGGCACUAUAUUUCAUCAAGAACACCUUGUCUGUGUUUGGUGGAAUCAAUUCGAUUGUGACGCUGCACCUUCACUUUACAGGGUCAAUGAGAAUAUUUACGACUUCUCUAUAACUGGGGCGCAAAAGACCGGCGGCAUUCCAGUUCCGGGACAAGACUAUCCAGAUUUGUCAGAAGGCUUUCCUAGUACCGGUGUUGCAGGUCAAGGUCCAGGCACUGAUUUUGGCGGUGUUAGACCAGGAGGGUACCCUGGUGAAGAAUCUAUAGCACCAACUGGACCUGGUUCAAGUAGAAGACCUAGCACUGGAAUUCAAAGACCUGGAGAUUAUCCUAGCGGUAGACCUCAAGAAUCCAUUGGCCGAUAUCCAGGUGUAACAACGCAAGGAACAGAAGAACGUCCUAGUGGAGGAUUGCAAAGGCCUAGCAGUGUAGUUGAAAGACCUGGAGGCUAUCCUAGUGGCAAACCUCAGGAACCUACUAGUGGAUAUCCAAGUACAAAUUCGCAAGAAUAUCCUAGCGGAGGACAACAAAGACCCGGUAGCGGAGUUCAGCGACCUGGAGGAUAUCCCAGUGGUAGGCCUCAAGAAUCUACUGGUGUAUAUCCAGGUGGAACUUCACAAGGAAUAGAAGAACGCCCUAGUGGUGGAUUGCAAAGACCUAGCAGUGGAGUUCAGAAACCUGAAGGAUAUCCUAGUGGCAGACCUCAAUCUACUAGCAGAUAUCCAAGUACAACUUCACAAGGAACACAAGAAUAUCCUAGUGGAGGAUUCCAGAGACCUAGUAACGAAGUUCAGAAACCGGGAGGAUACCCGAAUAAAAGACCUCAGGACUCUAUUCAACCUAGUUCGGUAGGAUAUUCAAAUGGAAGACCACAAGAAACAGGAGGAAGUCAAUUCCCUGGCGGAGAACGACCUGCAGGUGGUGUUUCGGGAUUUGAAGGUCCUGCUGAAUCUACCUCAACAGGAUAUCCAGAUAGAUCAUCAAACGCUCAAACUCAAGGUUAUCCAAAUGUAAGACCAUCAGGGACCGGUGGAUCUCAAAUUUCUGCACCAGGACAAUUUGGAGGACCAGGAUCAGUUGGUGUAUUCCAACCAGGUAGACAGCCAAGCGAAGGUUCACAAGGUGUAGGUUUUCCAUCAGGCCGUCCAGCUGCACCAGAUAGACAAAAACUUCCACAGUAUGGAGUCCCUGAAGGUCCUACAUCUCAAACUCAACGACCUGGAAUAAGUGUAUCAAGUCCUCAAGGACCAAGUGGAUAUCCAACUGUAACGCCAGCAGGCUUUCCAGUUAGUUCCGUACCAUCUCUUCCAAACGGAUCAGGCUCACUUUUCCCUGGAUCUCCCCAGCCACAUCAACCAACUAGAGACUACUUACCGACAGUCUAAUGAGAAAGAGUUACCAUUAUUUCGCAUAGCAAAAA